AUGUACGACUUCAUAGAAACAGAAUUACUUCAGGGAGUAAAUUUCAUGAAAAUCAGUGAGGGUAUUGCUUCCCUGAACAUCAGAGAGUUUAGUAGGAGAAAGCAAAUAUAUGCAGCAGCAACAAGCGACGAUAACACUUCAAAUAAUAUCGAUGUUUCUGAGUUUUAUGAGAAUUCAAUUUUCUCUUUUCCCAGCAACGAUCUUCUAAUGAAAAUAUUUUUAACAAACUUUGAUAAACACUCUCGUAUAUACGAAGGGCAUAUGAACGGUCUAAGUGCAGAAGUUAUAUCAUGCGACCACACGUUUAAAAUCAGCCGAAACGUUGGAGCAGUGAGGGGGAAGGACAAUAAAUUCGUAUCACAGUACAACCAAGUUUUUAUUACUCUGAAUGAAAAAGAUGAAGUGUUGGGAUGGCGCCUAACUAAGUCCACUAAAUUUUCAGAGAUAGAAGACUUGUUACAAGGAAUAAAACAGAGGCUGGACAGUAAAGACAAAACCAUAAAUAUGGUGUGCGUCGACGACUGCUGUAAUGUGCGAAACAAAUACACUCAAAUAUUUCCGGGUACUGAGGUGAAACUUGAUCUGUUUCAUGCGUGUCAACGAAUUACAAAAACUUUAAACAAAGCUGAGACCACUGCAAAUUCGUUCAUGCGAGAGUUUUCGCAAAUUUUCAGAAGAGAUGACGACCAAGGUUCAGCCAGGCUGAAAUACACCCCAGCUAAGGAGCAGCUUGAAAAGAAUUUUAAUUCCCUCAUUGAGCGUUGGAUUAAUGUCCCCAAUAGUCCUUUGGGAAAUUCUCAAACUACAAGAGAAAUAGAGCAUUUGCGUCUACACAUCCAAAAAGGGUGUCUCUCCCAUAUACCUCCAGGAUGUGGUACAGAAAGAAACGAGCAGCUGCAUAGGCUUCUUAACCGUUCACUUAUCACUGGAGCCACGAGAAUUUCUGUUGAGCUUGCCAUAGCAUUAUUAUCUGUACUGUUUUAUUAUCAUACUACUAAACUGUCUGCCUUCCGUCAUGAUUGUAAUGCAAGAGUAGUGCCUAUAGAUCCGGUAAAUAGCAUAGACAAUUUGCAACACGAUAACAGUCCUCAUCCACCGUUCACGACUGGUAGUUCAGCAGUUGAAGAGCAAACUGAUGAAACUCUUGGCGAGCCAGCAAGUCAUUCAGAUAUGAAUCCAGAGGUCACGAUAACUGAAACAAUAACUGACCUAUGCACGGAUUAUGUGGCUCAGUCUAUAAUAAAUGUGGCGUUCAGCAUCCAAGAAGUUAUAAUCAAUGUUAGUGCACAAAGUUGCAAUAGAGCAUUUGACUCUAGCAGUCUGUUUAGAUGAUACUACCGAAAGUAAUGAUCCCAAUAUAAGCACCCACACUGAGGAUCUUAAAAGGCACCUAGCCCGAUUUGGAUUAGAGAUUGAAAGCGUAUCUAAAGACGGGGAUUGCGCAUUCCGAAGCAUAAUAAGGCAGCUACUUAAAAUGGAUUUUGACAAAACCAAAGGACUAGAAGAUCACCUUCGGUCGCUAAAUUUGAUGGCCGGUUCUGAAGACGAGGAUACAUUUACCCUACGACAGCUUUUUGUUGAAGAAUUUAUCAGAGGGGAGGACGAAUAUUCGGGAUUUGUAGCGGAAUCGACAACCACGCUUACAGAAAGAGCUAAUGAGUUUAGAAUGAAAGGUGUGUUUGAUCGUGAAAUUGGAGACUUGGUGAUGAAAGUCUGUUGUAACGUCCUUAAAGUUUCGAUUAUCAUCAUUACCUCAAGUCGCUCUACACCUGUCGUUCCAUUUGUGCCUGAUAGUCCAUUGAGUACCACACCCAUAUACAUCGCUUUCCACUAUUAUGGUGCUGGCCAUUAUGACGCUACCAACCAAAUCUGUACUUUAGGUAUGUAA